AUGGCUCUACGAAAUUUGCAAGAACAGCUGGAUGCCAGAUGGCAACUUCCGAGCCACCACUCCAUCACAAUCUGGCUGGCUGAUAACCCUCGGCUUGCCCUACUCUCCUCAUUUCUGGCUUUAUUGGUAGUCCAGCUUCUUCUCACGACUUAUCGUGUUUUCUUUCAUCCACUGUCACGAUUUCCUGGCCCCUUCCUGGCCAAAUUUUCCGGCUUAUGGCGCAGUAACCGGUACAUGAAAGGAACGUGGCAUGACGACGUUCUCGAACUGCACCAGAAAUAUGGACGCAUUGUCCGCAUAGCACCCAACGAGCUCUCCAUUGUGGACGAAUUCGCCAUGAAGCAUCUCUACGGCCAUGGCCACAACGCGAAAAAAACGGCGUGGUACAAAGUGUGGGAUCCUCCUAAUACGGCACCACAGCUUUUCUCAGAGCUGGAUAAGAAGUACCAUGCUUACCUUCGAAAACGGGUCGCUGGAGCUUAUGCAAUGUCAUCGAUUCUGAAGUAUGAGAAGUACAUUCAAAACUGUUUGGACCUACUUCUCUGGAGACUGAAGGAAAAAGCAGAACUCGGCCCGAGCGUGGAUAUGGCCAAGUGGACAAACGCAUUCGCUUUUGAUGUUGUCGGUGAGCUGGCAUACGGGACGCAGCUGGGUCAUUUGCGGACCGAGACAGACGUCAAUAACCUGAGAGCUAACGUCUUCAAUAUCUUUUUUACACUUUCUAACCUCGGCCACUUCCCUGGUCAGGCAUGGAUUGUCAAUAAUUCGCUGACGCAAGGCUUGCUUUGGAUGAUGCGAGUUCCACCUGUGUUCGCGGAGUUUGCGACGUGGAGCAGAGAUAGGGUGAAAGAUCGGAUAGAGAACCAGGACAAAAUCAAACGUGACGACAUGCUCAGUCACUUUUGCCGGAUGAAAUGUAAAGACGGUAGCCCAGCCCCUCUAAAUGAAGUGCUCAUUGAGGCGAUGAACCUUAUUGGCGCCGGAGCAGACACCACUUCUAUCGGCAUGCGAUCGUGUUUGCAUUACCUGUGUAAAUACCCGAAAUACUACCGCUUAGUUCAAGACGAAGUCGACAACUUCUACGUCGCAAACAAAGGGACAGAACCAAUAACGUACCUCCAGACCCAACAACUCCCUAUGCUUCAGGCGGUGGUGAAGGAAGCCACGCGCCUUCUGCCGUCCAUUGUGUUUCAACUACUGCGACAUGCGCCGUACAAUUUCACUGUGAGGGAUCAGUACAUACCCGCUGGAACGAUCGUGGGCAUCAGCCCGAUGGCUCAGAAUCGGGAUCGUGAUAUCUUUGGGGAGGAUGCCAAUGAGUUCCGCCCUGAGCGCUGGCUUGAGGACCGCGACAAAGCUGGCUAUAUGGAUACCAGUCUUAUGACAUUCGGCGGGAGCGGACCGAGGAUGUGUGUAGGAAAAAACAUCGCUUUGGUCGAAAUUCAUAAAUUCAUCGCUCAGCUCCUCUAUUACUUCGACGUCGAGAUGGUUGACCUGAAGAAUCCGUGGCGUAUCACAACGUACUGGUUUGCAUAUCAGCGUGAUCAACAUAUGAAGAUCCGGCUGCGGCCUGGUCGCACCCCGCUCAGGCCGGAAGGACUGGCGCUCGAAAAGAAGUCGGCAUGA